AUGACAAAGAAAUCGGACAAAGGCAAGGGGCGUAAGGUGUCCGACGAAAUCAGUGCUUUGGGAUUUUUGACUGAGCUUGGUCCUGCCAAUGCUGGCUCUCACAUUUAUCCUAGCUUGAUCAGAAGUGGCGUAACGGACGUGACACCGGUGGUCCCAAGAGGUGCUCACAACGAAGGCCCUUCUCGAUACGACAGCAUAAUGCGGGAGCUCGGUCCACCGUCAGCAAACUCACACGUCUAUCCGCCGUCGCCAAUAGCCGAUCAGACGGCUUCCGCAAGUUGGUCCAAGGGGUAUUCGUGCCAUCACAUCCGCAGGAGAGAUGCGAACCGUAUAUGCGAGGGGUGCUCCGAUGCCUCAUCCACCGCCUCCUCCUCCGCCUCACAUCCUACACGUUCCCAGAUGAGGAGAUUCGGAGUGACCACCAAAUCCCAAGGAUGGAUACCAGACACGAGACGGGCUAUCCACCUCACUCAGCCAUGCACUUUCAAGAAGGAUACCCGAGCCAGAAUAGUCCGCCACAGCCUCACGCUGCAAGGGAACCACGCGGACGUUACCCACACCAAAAUGAGAACUACCCACCUCUUCCUCGUAAGAUCGAACAAUCAAGAAUACCCAUGGGAUUCCCGGGGAGACCGUAUGGUGAUACCCACGAAGGGAGAGUCGAACACUAUCCGUCGCAAGAAGAACUUCGACAUGGCGAGACGCCGCAACGGCCACAUCCUUAUCAGACAGGAGACCCCCAUGGAGGAAGAGUCGAACAGUAUCCAUCACAAGAAGAACCUCGACGGGGUGGGGCGCCGCAAUGGAAACAUCCUUAUCAGACAGGAGACACUAAUGGAGGGAGGGUCGAACACUAUCCGUCACAAGAAGAGCCUCGACGGGGCAGGACGUCGCAGCGGCCUCAUCCUUAUCAGACAGGAGACAACAAUUAUCCGACCGAGUACCAUGAAGGAGAUAAUAAUGGCAGGGCCGUUGAUUCUCGUUCACCCCAAGAGGACUUGCGUCAUGGGCUGCGAGAUCGUGGAGUUGUGCGUGGUCCCCACCAUACCCCUCCAGUCGCCGGUCGUCGCUCUCCGCUGCCGCAUCAGGGUGGUUCUAUACAAGCAAGAGGCUUUACAGUCCGACCGUCGCAAGAACAUCUACGUCCUCACGGAAUAUCACAGCCUUUUCAUCAUCAUCAUACAGGAGACGGUAGACACCCAGACGAGCAUCCCGAAGGCGGUUAUCCUGAGGAUUUCUUACCUCGUCCAUCUCAAGAAGACAGACGUCGCAAUGCGAUGCCCCAUCCGACAUAUUUUCCUCCCUCCGAUGGCGAGUUUUAUCCUCCGACCGGGCACCAAGACGGCAACAUACAAGGUGGGAUUGCAAGACCUCGUCCGUCACAUGAAGACCUGCAUGAUCGUAGAGUUAUGCAUCGCCCUCACCUUCCCACACCAGUCGACGGGCAUCGCUCUCCGCUUGGACAUCAGGGAGGCUCUAUACCAGCAGGGGGCUUUACAGUCCGGCCAUCGCAAGAAAAUCUACGUCCUCACGGCAUUUCACAGCCUUUUCAUCACCAUCAUACAGGAGACGGUAGACACCCAUACGAGCAUUCAGAUAGUGUUUAUCCUGAGGAUUUACAACCUCAUUCAUCCCCAGAAGACAGACGUCGAGAUGCAAUACCCCGUCCGCAAUAUUAUCCUCCCUCCGAUGGAGAGUUUAAUCCUCCGAUCGGGCAGCAAGGCGGCAACGUCGAAGAUGGGAUUGCAAGACUCCGCCCCUCACAUGAAGACCUGCAGGAUCGUGGAAUACAGCGUCCUCCUUUCCAGCCACCUCCUCAUGGCGAGUAUCGUUCUCCGCGCAGCCAACAGGGUGAUCGUGUCCAAGGAGACGCCUUUCGAAAUCAGCCGUCACAGGAACAUUGGCGCCCUCACGGAGCAUCACCGCAUCUGCAUCAACAGGCUGAAGACGUCCACUAUCCGAUCGAGCGUCACGAUGAUGGUGUUUAUGGCCGGGAUCUUCGACCUCGCCCUUCCCAGGUGCAACUUAGUUCUCAUGGGGUAUCGCAACCGCCUGUUUCUCAUCCGGAUGAACAUCAUUUCAUGGAGCGAGAAGGUGGUCCUGAGGUUGGCGCUUAUCGUCAGCAGAUGUCUCUUUCAGAUUAUCGAAUGCUGCUGA